AUGUCUCAACCUCCAUGGGCGCAGCCCACGGGCUCGACUCACGAACCGCAAUUGAAGAUCUACAACUCUCUUACUCGAUCAAAAGUUCCUUUCAUUCCAAUACAGCCUGAGAAAAUCUCAUGGUACGCCUGCGGUCCCACCGUCUAUGACGAUGCCCAUUUGGGCCAUGCGAGAAACUAUGUCUCCACCGACAUCAUUCGUCGCAUUCUGCGAGACUAUUUCCACUUUAAUAUCAAGUUCAUUAUGAACACCACCGAUGUCGACGACAAGAUCAUUCUGCGAGGAAGACAGAGGCAUCUAUAUGAUGAGUACAAGAAGGAGCACAGAUACAUCGACGCAGAAGUUCGAAGAGACGUUCGACAUGCAUGGGUUUACUACAUCGAAAAAUAUCUGAAAAGAAUCGGACCCAAAACAUUACUGGAACCCGGAACCUUCGACGAUGUGGUGGAACAGGCCUAUGGAGAUAUCCUUGCCGGAGGAAGUCUGGAACCUGGCACUAAACCUGGAGACAAAGAAGCGAAAGUCAAAAUGCAUCUUGCAACUGCUAGAAGCACCGCAAAAGCCUUAAUGCAAGAUCCAAAACUCCUGACACCACACGAAUUUUACAACAGAGUUGCCGAUCCAAUGUACCUCGUACUGGAUGAGAAGCUCGGUACUACCAUCAAGGGCGAUGACUAUGCUGUCUUCACCAAGCUGACCAAGGAGUAUGAAACCCGGUUCUUCCAAGACAUGCACGAUCUAAAUGUCCUCGACCCAGACGAGAUAGUCCGUGUGACCGAGCAUGGGAAGGAAAUUGCGGAAUUCGUCAAAAAAAUCGUGGACAACGACCUGGGUUACCUGACGUCUGAUGGGUCUGUGUACUUUGAUAUAAAAGCUUUCGAAGCUGCUGGUUUCAAUUAUGCACGACUAGAACCAUGGAACCGACACAACCAAGACCUGCAGGCAGAUGGAGAAGGAGCACUUUCGCAGCAAAGCAGCUCUGUCAAGCGGUCUGAUGCAGAUUUCGCCCUCUGGAAAGCAUCAAAGCCCGGCGAACCAAGUUGGGCCAGUGAAUGGGGCCAGGGUCGACCUGGCUGGCAUAUUGAAUGCUCAGCAAUGGCAUCUGGAAAGCUUGGCAACCAGAUGGACAUCCACUCAGGUGGUGUUGAUCUGGCGUUCCCACAUCAUGACAAUGAGCUGGCUCAGAGUGAAGCCUUUUGGGCUGAUGGAACUCGAAAACAAUGGGUCAAUUAUUUCAUUCACAUGGGCCACUUGUCGAUAGCGGGUUCAAAGAUGUCCAAAUCACUAAAGAAUUUCACCACCAUCCGAGAGGCACUACACGUUCGAAAAGAGUGGACUUCUAGAAGUCUCCGAAUUGUGUUCUUACUUGGAACGUGGAAAGAUGGAAUUGAAAUUACCGACGAGAUGGUCCUCGAAGGCAGAGGUUGGGAAGAUCGUGUUGACAAUUUCUUCAUCAACGCUGUUGAAAAUAGCAAGAACGCUACAACCACCACAAAUCAGAAAGGGGCUCUUGAAGAUGUGUUACAGGAGACCGAGGCGAGAGUCCGGGCCGCCCUUCUGGACUCGUUCAACACCCCUGCAGCCAUGAGUGCCAUCUCCACCUUGAUAAAUGCUUACAACAGUACCAAGAAGAUCGAUACCACUCCUGAGGAUCACAUAAGUACGGCAAGAUUUGUUACACGCAUGGUUAAUAUCUUCGGUUUGAACGGCGAUACACCUGCAGACUCUACAACGAUAGGAUGGAAGGGUAUUGAAAUUCCCGAUGCUGCAAAGGAGUACGUCUAUCCAUUGGCCAGAAUGAGGGAUGAGCUUCGACAGGCAGCAAUCGCCAAGUCGAUUACAGCCGAGAAGGUACAGAAAAUCGUAUCAAGCUCUCCUGACCAGGAAGAUGUGCCGACUAGUGGACGGCCCAGACCUUCGUAUGCUCGUGCACUGAGUGAAUUCAGUCGCAGCGCAUUAGAAGUGGCAUCACCCUCAGAGUCAGGCGACUUGAACAAGCAGAUCCUCGCCCUAUGCGAUCGUGUACGAGAUGUAGAUCUCUGGCAACUCGACAUUUACCUCGAAGACCGCGAAAACGCCCCAGCACUAGUUCGGCCCGUAACGGAAGGACUAAAAGCCGUGCGUCGCGAACGUGAAGACAAAAUCCGACAGAAAGAAGAAGCGAAGAAGAAGCGCGAACAGGAAGCACUGGAGAAGCUGCAGAAGGGCCGACUCUCACCCGCCGACAUGUUCAAACCACCACAUUCCAACGACUUCUCGGCGUGGGAUCCAGACGGGCUGCCCACGACGGCACGAGACGGCACACCGCUUACGGCGUCGAAGGUCAAGCGGUUGAAGAAGGAUUGGGAGCUGCAGCGCAAGGCACACGAGAGAUACCUGUCUGCAACGCAGAAUGGAGCGGCUGGCCCGGCUGGUACUACUGCCUCUCCCGCACCUGCUGCUGGUGGUACCGCCACCGAACGGGAUCCUUCGUUUUCGUGA